AUGGCAAUCGCAAAUGAAGGUUUCCACGUGAAGUUGAGUCAGGCACGCUAUCUUCGCCGCCGACAGCAGGCGCUUCAAUCGGCUCUGAGUGUCGCUGUCUUUGUUUUUAGCCUGGUCUCCCUCGUCAGUGUCAGCGCUGGGAAUCCGGUCACAUGCAGAGACCGAAAUACAUUCGUUGCAGUUAGUCUGGCCUCUGAGUCAAGUAGCAUCGAAUUUCAGUGCCCACAGGGAUCUGCCUUCUUUCCAAACAUUUCGUCUCCAGCUUUCUGUACGACUUCAGUCUGUUCUGCAACAACCGGUUUGGAGCAGUCUUUCAUCACUCUCGCGGAAGUAAAACGCACUUCAUCUGCAGACCUGCAACGCAAAACUACCGACUCGAAAGCAGUAUCGAUUGCUCUAAAGGAACCUCAAGAAUACUCUAGAACAUUGUAUUUCCUUUGCAAGAAAUCAACAGAAGACGUGUCCCCAUCCACGUUGAGCGCAGAGGAGUCACAAAAAGAGACAACCUGCACGCUUCAGGUCUCAGCUUGGGGUUCAAAAAACGUCGAAGUUCCCUCAGAAAAUGUGACAUUCAGUUGCGGCGACAGCAUGACCUUGUCACCUGCCAACUUCGAAAAGGCCUUCCAAGGAACGAACUGCAGCACAGAAGACGACUUGAAUUCACUUGGCCUCCCGAACGCCGCCCUCGUGGAAGGCGACUCAGCGACAAGCGACAGACCAGCGUACACAUUCUCUGUGUCAAGUUUGCCGCAACCGAAUCCAGUAAGCAUCUGCUACAAGUGCACGAAGGGUUCCGUGAAUCUACGAGAGGUCUCGAAUGAAUGUACAGUACGAAUCCGAGUGCCGGCUGCACAAUCUGACCAGCCAGGCGAAGAAGAGCAUGCGGACGGGGAAACUGACGGAACUCAAACCUCUACAGAACAGACAUCGACAAGCGGCGCGGAGAUCCUGGACCUCCGUGCAGCUGUAUCGGCUCUAUAUUUUUCUUGCCUCAUUGGUGUAGCUGCCGCAUUUGCCUGA